AUGGCCGAAGACAAGACUUUCCGCUACGGGUUCAUCAUGCUGGGCUUGUUCCUGCUCGCCGUCGGCAUGUUCAUCAUGACGGCCGACCGGCCGCAGGUCUACGUCACCUUCUGCGUCAUCGGCGCCAUCAUGCUGGUCUCGGGGGUCGUCUGGAGCAUGUGCCAGUGUUACCCCAAGAUUGCCUUCGUGCCGGCGGACACAGAUUUCGAGAGCUUCCUGUCCCCGAAGGCUCGGGGCCCUACGGAGAACGGCAUUCCUGAGAAGAAGGGCUCCCAACCUCCUUACUCCCGAUUGGAAGAAGAAGAGGCCCCAAUGCAGAGCCCACCUGACUAUCACCACAUCCAGAUGAAGGUCUUUGGGUGUGGGGAGGACCAGGGGGUCCUGUCCGCCCCGAGUCUGCCCCCGUCUGAGCCCCAAGCUGGGGGAGCAGAAGGAGGAGAGGGAAGGGCCACCUACUCAGAGCCCUUCAUAGAGACGACUGUCGUCGUGCACAGGGGCCUGGACAGCACGGAGGCCGAGAGACCCCCGAGUCUGCCUGAAGCCGGCUCGCCGCCGGCCCCCCAGAUCGGCGCUGCGCCCCUGGCCUCCUUCCCAGAAGACCUGGAUUCCAGCGCGGACGGCAGCGGCGGAAGCAGCCGGAAGCCGUCCCCCCCGGAGGAUGCUGGGAAAGCGGACCCUCCCGCCGAUCGCUACCCGGACUUUGCUCUCAUUGACGCCCCUGGAGGUGACGAGGACUCCCCAGUCCCCAGCCCCGGCCCUGGCCCCGGCCUCGGCCCCAACUUCUGGGCCGGGUCUAAGCAGGCUCCGACUGCUCCCAGGGAUGCGGCUUCGGAAGGCCUUCCUGAGCCGCCGGAAGAGAACGAGACGGCCCCAAAGGAGCCCGAGGAGGAAGAGGAGGAUCUGUAUUACGGCCUGAAGGAUGGGCCAGGCGGAGGCCUGGAAGAGGAGGAGCUCUUUGACUUCGAGCCGGACUCCUAG